AUGCGAAAGAUAGUCAGUUUAUCCAUUUCGGUGCUGCUGGUUCUAUGGGGGUGCGCGCUAGGAGGCUCGCCCAGCGUUCAAAUCGGCGGGCUAUUUCCAAGAGGUGCCGACCAGGAGUACAGCGCGUUUCGGAUAGGAAUGGUUCAAUUUGGCACGCAGGAAUUUCGCCUCACGCCUCACAUUGACAAUCUGGAAGUGGCCAAUAGUUUUGCCGUCACCAAUUGCUUCUGUUCACAAUUCUCAAGAGGAGUGUAUGCCAUUUUUGGAUUCUAUGAUAAGAAGUCGGUGAACACCAUUACGUCCUUCUGCGGGACUUUGCAUGUGUCCUUCAUCACUCCCAGUUUCCCUCUGGACGGGACCCAGCAGUUUAUCAUCCAGAUGAGGCCGGACAUCAAGGGCCCCCUGCUCAGCCUCAUCGAGUACUACAAGUGGGACAAGUUCGCCUACCUGUACGACAGUGAUAGAGGCCUGACCACGCUGCAGGUGGUUCUGGACACAGCUGCGGAGAGGAAGUGGCAGGUGACGGCCAUAAACGUGGGGAACCUGAAGGACGAGCGCAAGGACGAAGCCUACCGCUCACUCUUCCAGGACCUGGAGAACAAGAAGGAGCGCAGGGUCAUACUGGACUGCGAGCAGGACAAAGUCAAGGACAUCAUGGACCAGGUUAUCACCAUCGGAAGGCAUGUCAAAGGAUACCAUUAUAUCAUCGCUAACCUGGGCUUUGUGGACGGGGACCUGUCCAAAAUCCAAUAUGGCGGCGCUAACGUGUCCGGAUUCCAGAUAGUGGACUUUGACGAUCCUCUGGUGUCCAAGUUUGACCAGAGAUGGGAGGCCCUGGAGGAGAAGGAGUAUCCAGGAGCAGACAGUCGGAUACGGUACACCUCGGCUUUGACUUACGACGCGGUGCAGGUGAUGACUGAAGCUUUCCGGUACCUCCACAAACAGCGGAUUGACUUCACCAGACGGGCAAACACUGGGGACUGCCUGGCUAACCCGGCUGUACCAUGGGCCCAGGGCGUGGAGAUAGAGAGGGCACUCAAACAGGUGCGAGUGGAGGGCCUGACCGGAAACAUCCAGUUUGACCAGCACGGGAAAAGGGUCAACUACUCUGUGAACAUCAUGGAGCUCAAGACCAACGGGCCAGUCAAGAUCGGUUACUGGAAUGAAAUGGAUAAGAUGGCUGUCACUAAGUCUGACGUCUUUGCAAAUGAUUCGUUAGGGAUGGAGAACAAGACAGUAAUUGUGACUACUAUCCUGGAAGCUCCAUACGUGAUGCUCAAGAAGAACGCUGACCUUUUCGUGGACAAUGAGCGCUACGAGGGCUACUGCGUGGAUCUGGCCGCCGAGAUAGCCAAACACUGCGGCUUCAAAUACCAGCUCAAGAUAGUGGGGGACGGCAAGUACGGGGCCAGGGACGCAGAGACCAAGAUCUGGAACGGCAUGGUGGGAGAGCUGGUGUACGGGAAAGCAGACAUCGCUGUAGCUCCUCUGACCAUCACCCUGGUGCGAGAGGAGGUCAUCGACUUCUCCAAACCCUUCAUGUCCCUGGGGAUCUCCAUCAUGAUCAAGAAGCCUCAAAAGUCCAAACCGGGCGUCUUCUCCUUCCUGGAUCCUCUGGCCUACGAGAUCUGGAUGUGCAUCGUGUUCGCCUACAUCGGGGUCAGCGUGGUGCUCUUCCUGGUCAGCCGCUUUAGUCCGUACGAGUGGCACACGGAGGAGUACGAAGAUGGACAGAUUCAGACCAAUGAGUCGACGAAUGAGUUUGGGAUAUUCAACAGCCUGUGGUUCUCUCUGGGAGCGUUCAUGAGGCAGGGCUGUGACAUCUCACCCAGGUCUCUGUCUGGGCGCAUAGUCGGAGGCGUGUGGUGGUUCUUCACCCUCAUCAUCAUCUCGUCCUACACGGCUAACCUGGCUGCCUUCCUCACUGUGGAGAGGAUGGUGUCGCCCAUAGAGAGUGCAGAGGACCUGGCCAAGCAGACAGAGAUCUCCUAUGGAACACUGGACUCUGGAUCCACCAAAGAGUUCUUCAGACGCUCCAAAAUCGCCCUGUUUGACAAAAUGUGGACGUACAUGAAAAGUGCCGAGCCCUCUGUGUUUGUGAAAACCACAGCGGAGGGCGUGCAGAGGGUGCGCAAGUCCAAGGGCAAGUACGCCUACCUGCUGGAGUCCACCAUGAACGAGUACAUCGAGCAGAGGAAGCCCUGUGACACCAUGAAAGUCGGGGGCAACCUGGACUCCAAAGGCUACGGGAUCGCCACGCCCAAAGGAUCCUCAUUAAGAAAUGCGGUUAACCUCGCAGUACUAAAACUGAAUGAGCAAGGCCUGUUGGACAAAUUGAAAAACAAAUGGUGGUACGACAAAGGAGAGUGCGGCAGCGGGGGAGGUGAUUCCAAGGAGAAGACAAGUGCCCUCAGCCUGAGCAACGUGGCUGGGGUCUUCUACAUCCUGGUCGGCGGACUGGGUUUGGCCAUGCUGGUGGCUUUGAUUGAGUUCUGUUACAAGUCCCGAGCCGAGGCCAAACGAAUGAAGGUGGCAAAGAAUGCACAGAAUAUUAACCCAACUUCCUCGCAGAAUUCUCAGAAUUUUGCAACUUAUAAGGAAGGUUACAACAUGACCUUUGGGGAUGCCAUGCGCAACAAGGCCCGCCUCUCAGUGACGGGAAGCACGGGCGAGAACGGCCGCGUCAUGACUCCAGAAUUUCCCAAAGCUGUGCACUCAGUCCCGUACGUGAGGCCCGACAUGGGACUGAACGUCAGCCUAACUGAUCUCUCCUGA